GAAUUGUUAACAGUUUGGACCAAUAUAUUUGUGGACCAAUACAUUUGCCAUGCCCAAUCCAUCACUGUAUCCAUCAGUCCAUCACACCCGCACUAUAUGGCAAAUUCUAUUUACAGCCACCAUUUUACUAAAUACAACCACAUUUUUUUUAAUAAAUCCAAUUAUACCCUUAAUUCCAUUCCCUCGAUUCUUUCUAAUGUCAUCUUCCCCAGGCUACCUACUGAAAUCAAUAGGGUGAAACUCCACGGACCAGCCAUAUAAGUUUAAGUUGAAUCAAUGUUCAAGAAGGAUCAGGAGUGGGCAUCGCUGGGACCAAGAAAGACCAUCUUUGCUGGGACACAGGUACUGUACAGAGCAGAGACACCGGCAAUGGGUUUGGAGCAGGCUGUCCUUCCCAGAGCUUUGAGCGCCCAUUAAUGGCGGACCUUCAAGGUUGAGCUUCAACAACUAAACCCAGAAUUACAGAAGGUGUAAUCAAAGCCUAGGCUUUCCUUGAGUGGUGGCGGGAGUAACUGGAGCGUGGAAGAGCGACCGGAGCGUGGCAGAGCGACUGGAGAGUGGCGGAGCGACCGAGAACUGGGCGGCGGCGCGACGGAGGUAGCAAAACUCGCCCCGGUGAUCGUCCAUCCUAGCACCGGAUCGGAGACCUUUGCUUCGUGUGACUUGAUCGAGCGUGGUGGAGCAAUGAAUUCCUGACUUUCCAGCAGCUGAACUAGAUUCAUCCACUUUUUCAGAUCCCGGUGAUUUCAUUAAUUUGUAUCCGGCAAUUUUCAUGAAGGUUUAGUAAAUGGUAACGAGGGUAAUUUAGACAUUUAAAGAUAUAUGUGAUUGUGUUUAGCAAAAGAAUGGCUUCAAAUAGAAUCACCCGCACUAUAUCAUCAGGGGAAUAACUUUGGGGUUUCUGAGAUCAACCGAUGCAUAUUCCACCGCAGCUCUCUCUCUCUCAUUUCGAAGGGGUGUCCCCAAUGUGGUUUUUAAUGGAUUUUAAAGGAUUAAGAUUUUUGUGGAAUCCUUUAGAUUCUAAUUGAGUCUAUGGAAUUUGAAAUCCCCUUGGAUUCUUUACCAGCUGCUUCUCGGAUCAACAACACCAAAAAUUCCAAUACGUCACUUCAUCCGCCAAAAAUUAUCUUUUAUCGUCUGCACAUAUGAAAUCAUCCUCUGGCAUAUGAAAAUUCUCUCUUGAAGCAUGGAUAUUAAGCAUAGGUUUUAGCGUAGGCAAAGACCAUGUUAAAACUGGCCGGCAGUUGAUGGACCUCGCUCUAGGGAUUUGAGGCUGUUUGAUUCUGUUUUUGUUGAUGCUCUAAAACGAAUUUCAUCCCUAAUUCCAUACCUUGUUUUGGAAUUGGAAACGUGCUGGGCGGAUUAAAACUCAAGAAACGAACAUUCAGUUGGCAGAUUUACUGUUCACGACGAAGAGACUUCUGCUUGGCCGUCCAAAUCGAUGUCUAAAUCUGAACUCCGUGCUUGGUAUGAUGCUCGUCAGUCUGUUGUGAACCACAGCUGAGCAGGGGGCACUAGAAAACCAAAAACGAAGGAUUGAAUUUUCUCAAUGGUGUGUUGUUUUCUCAAAGGUGCAGCACUGGGAGAGAACCUGCGGAUGUGGAGUUCAGCUCAAAGGUGUUGGCCGGUUUGUUCUUAACGUGAUACGUGAUAUAUGAGAUGGAUUUUGAAAUCCGACCAGGGUGGGAGAGAUUUUGGAGAAGUUGUCUUCUUCAAGGCCUAGCCAAAGGUUUCAGUAGUAAAAAAGAGAGUAAAGGUGAAUCGCUCGGCACAGAAGGGAGAAAAAGAUCAUGGAGCGGUGGAUGGGAUGCUUGUCGCACUGUAAAACCACGAAGAAAGAGAACUUCAGUAGCUCAGCAGACCGCGGCUAGCUGUCAACAACCGGAAUGCUUUCAUCGUCCUAUAAACUUCCGUCGUAUAGGUACGAUCGUGAUUCCUCUCAUUGUACACCUGCGUCCCAGUGAACGUGAGGAAGACCAAUAAAUAGAAUUUUAUAUAAAACUUUUUAGACUUAAAAUCUAGUUCUCGAUAUCAAUAUUUUCAUCAUAUAUUUUUAUGUCAUUUGAAGGUGAUGUGACUAAAAAAAUAACAGUCUUAAGCGAACUCAAGGAUAAAGAAACAGAAUAAAACAGGAAAAUAUCACUCUUUGGAGAACUGAAGGUGAUUUAUGAUUAUGAUUAGCAUUCUUUUGUCAUACAGGAAAUGUUUGAUCAUUUAAACAACUUGAAAUGUUUAAUCAGAAAAUUUUUGAUCAUUUAAGCAACUUGAAAUGUUUGAUUAAACACUUUUUUUACAAAUUCUUAAUUCUCACAUAUCUGGUACAACGAUUGAUUUUAUUUUCACAUAUCAUACAAUCUUUAAUCGAAUAAAACCACAGUUAUACUUUCACAGAUCAUACAAUAUGUUUUUCGUUUGUUUCCUGCCUAUCUCAGGUAACAAAAGAUAAGUAUUGAUUCAGUAUAUCCCAUUGUGUACGAAUGCUUGAGAACACAUAUAUUUUUAGAAUCAGUUAUUAUUAUGUUUUUCUAGCCCGUGAAAAGAUUUGUAAAAAUCAGCAAGUUUUUAGUGUCCCUAUUUGUUUUAAAAGGAAAUUUUAUUUACAUUGUAUCACAAAAAUCAGAUGCAUGCAACUUGAUUUCUAAACAAAAUCAAAGUUGCUACUAACAUUUGUAUAUAAUUAUUUAUAUACACUACUACAAAACACAAUUUUUCUUUAUCUACAACAUCUUUUUAAGACAUUUAAUGCAACCGGCUUGUUUUUUAACUUAAGCUCAUAUGUCUAAAUAUUCUCUUCCGCAAGAAUUAAAAAUAGGAAUCUAAAUAAGUAAUAAUCCAGUACCUCCAAUCUGGAAAAUCUUUUUGUAAGCUAUCAAAUGUUCCUUUUUUUAAAAUUAUUUUGAUCACAUUCAGAUUUAAUUCACAAAUUUAUCGUUGAUGAUCCUUUUUUUAUUCUGUAUCGCUAAAUAUGGUUGAACUUUAUUAAUCAUGAUAAUGAAAUGUCGCUGGCAGCAAAUCUAAUACAAAUAAAAAACGGUUAGGAAAACAAAGUCUAAUAUUGGAAGAUUCAAAUCUAAAACAUACCUCCUGAUCAUGGGACAUUCAUAUAGCUCGGACCUUCCCUGCCCAAUUUGUUUUGCUUUUGUCCACUUCUUUUGUCAAAGUAUACUAAGGGAGUGUUUGCAACAGCUUCUGCUUUAAAAAAAGCACUUUUGGAGUGAUUUGGAAAAAGUGAUUAUUUGUAAAAGUUGAUAGUGUUUGAGAAAAAAGUGAUUUUGAAAAGUAAAAGUUGGUAGUGUUUGGUAAAAUAAGUGAUUUUGGUGUAUAAAAAGUGAAAAAGCACUUUUGACACAAAAGCCGAGAAAAAUAAAAAAUUGGUAGUGUUUGGUAAAUAAGUGCUUUUUUAAGCCAAAAGCUGAGAAGUGCUUUUUUUAAAGUGGUUGCAAACCAGCCUUAAGCCAUUCUUUAUUUUUCUUGAGUCAGAAUAUCUUAGGCUGAAAACUGAGUUGCUGAUCUCAUUCUAUACCUAUUUAUACAGGGAUUUGUUUCUGAUCUCAUUAAGCUAAGCAUACAGAUGCAUUAAGGCUAUGUUUGCCUUUGCUUGUGCUUCUCAAAAGUGCUUUUUUUAAGAGAUUGUUGAAAAAGUGAUUGAGAAAAAAAGUAGGUAGUGUUUGAAAAUAGAAGUGAUUUUGAGUAAAUUGUAAAAGUUGAAGUGUUUGAUAAAAAAGUGAUUUUUGUGGGCCAAAUAUUGUUAAAAGACAAAAACGUCCUUUUGAAUCCAACUGUUUCUCUUUCUCUCUUGACCUGCGACCUCCUCUUUCUUUCUCGACCAGCGGCCUGCUCUAUUAUUUUAUUUUAUUUUUUUGAAAUCCUCCUCUUAUAUGUAUCUAUACAAAUUCGUUGGCAUCCUAUUAAAACCCAAACUCACUCAAAGUAUGUUGAAUCUGCAAGUCUGUAAUGUGUGUAUACAUAUAUAUAAAUAUAUAUAUUCAAAGUAUUAGCAAAUCGGCCCAUACUUCUGGAGGCAUGGUAUGGCAAAUGAAGCUUCUCUCAAUUUGUAUUGAUAAAAUCAUGGUUGGAGAGCAUGGCUUCAUUCACACACGGAUCUUCAAAAUUGAAACUUGAGAUGUUUGUGUUUUGUUUCAAGAAAGAGAAGGCAGAGAGGGAAUACGACAGUGGAAGGGACGGGUAGGGUACUUCUGGAACAAUAAACAUUUUAGAAUUAUUAUUAUUACGAAAACACCAAGAAGCAAAUAAAAGCAGCUCCGACUUGCUUCUAGCUUUUGGGCUAAAGUUGCUUAAGUAAAAGCAGAAGUUACCAUUUACAAACACUCCUAAUAGCUUUUCUAAAGUUAAAAGCUACAAAAGUGCUUUUUAAAGCUGCCGCAAACACAGCCUAAAUGCUCUACAUUUGGAGACUUGAAGUUGCCUACAAAACACCCAAUCGGGCGCGUUAUUAGAAGAGGAACCGUUGUGCAGUACUUUAUUGCUACUCAUGUAAUUGCCGAUUGCCUAUGAGUAAAUUUAUUAAAAUGUGAAAAUUGUAAUUAUGAUUCUGGAAUCUUCUGACUUUGGGCGGGAACUUCCUCAGGAAGCUUUCUUUUGCUUUUAUAUUAUAAUAAUAACUAGUAU